AUAACACCCGCCCCCCAUCUCAGCAGAUGUUCUCUCUUUUGCCAAGAGCUCUUUAAAGCACCUGUGAACUUCCGGGCAAAAGAAAACAGCAACCAUUUCUCUCCAAAAACAAACAGUCCUUUCUUCUUCCUCCUCCUUCUCCUCCCCCCCAAACAAUCCUAGACCAGGAAGUGGGAGAAAAGUUUGAAAUCCGGUUUCGCUUGCUGCGAUCGCUGAUGGCGUUGCUUGGGGCGGCCCGGUUGUCCGAGGCGCGCAGCUGAAGACCCCGGAGAGCGUUUCCAAAAGGUCGCCUUGACAAUGGCGAAGGCGCGCUUGGUGCAAAACGCCACCCUCGCGCGUAAAGAGAGCAGCAGCGGGUUUCUAUCCAGCGGGUGGUACUACUCAAACCAGACUUUGCUCUUAGGCGUAUUGUUGGCAAUCGCAGGAAACAUUCUCGUUAGCAUCUCUUUGAAUCUGCAGAAAUACUGUCAUCUUCGACUCAUGCGUCAAGGCAGUCAGAAGCCCUUUUACAGAAGCAAGCUUUGGUGGUUCGGCAUUAUACUUAUGGGGACUGGAGAAAUUGGGAAUUUCGCUGCCUACGGAUUUGCUUCAGUCAUGCUCAUUGCUCCAUUAGGAAAUGUGGCUGUCAUAGGAAGUGCAGUUAUUUCUGUCUUAUUCCUAAAAGAGUACAUGAGACCCGAAGGUAUAUUAGGUGGAACCGUGACGAUUGCAGGAACAUUUCUGGUGGUGACAUUUGCUCCACGCGUUACCCAGGAAGUCACGGCAAGAAAGAUACAGAAUGAUUUAGUUAGCUGGCAGUUCCUGAUUUAUGUGAUCCUGGCAGUAAUAGCAUUCUGCAUUCUUUUGUAUUUCCAUAAAAGAAAGAAAGUGAAUCACAUUGUGAUUUUGUUAACAAUGGUAGCAGUACUAGCAUCUCUGAACGUCAUUUCAGUAAAAGCCGUGGCAACCAUGAUUACAUUUUCUGUGAGAGGGAACAUGCAGCUAACCUACCCUGUUUUCUAUAUCAUGCUCAUUCUGAUGGCAAUAACAUGUGCUUUCCAAGUCAAGUUUUUAAAUGAAGCAAUGAAGCUCUAUAGUGCAGAAGAGGUCAUCCCAAUGAACUACAUGUUCUUCAGCAUUAGCGCUAUUGUGGCAGGGGCCAUAUUUUAUGAGGAAUUCCGAGGUACUGGUUUGCUGAGUGGCUUCAUGUUUCUCUUUGGGUGUUUUCUAUCGUUUGUUGGGGUGUUUAUACUCACACGGAAAAGAGGCAAGGAAUGUUUGAGAAGUUUUUAUAUCGACUAUGGACACAUUCCUGGAAAGGAGAUGAGGAGUAAAAUACAGCCAGAUUCAACCAGCUUAUCCUACGGCUCUUUAUGUAACGAAGGUGACUCUGUAAAGACUCAAAGCUAAGAGAAUAGAGCAUUUUAAAUUCCAGUUAACAAGAGAAGCUUUCCAUUUAUUGGCUUCGUAUUCAACACCACCCUUUUAUCACACUUGUUCAUUACGUGUCAAGUUAUUUUACCCUGACAGUUCUUAUAGUUAUUUAAUCCUCUUUGAGGAUCCCCUGGCUAUCACAAAUGCAUUGCAGUUUAAGCCAGCUAUUGUGCCUGAAAAAAAGAAGAAGCAAGCAAGCAGUCAUUAAAUGGGCCCAGGGUGUUUUCCUUCUGCAGCGGUUCUUCCUUGCUUUUCUGCAGCCAAAGUGGCUCAAGGGCGGGCAGGGAUGAGAUAAACACACAACUGUGCAAACAGUCUCCUUGAUUUCCAUUUGAGUGGAACAACACAAGGGCAGCAAAUCAGAAUUGCGCCUGAACUAUGGUGGCCACUGACACAUCACACAUUCCCCCCCCAAAAAAAACCCCCGAAAUGCAUCACAGACAGGACAAGAGGACACAAAUUUUCAUUAAAAGGGCUAAUUCUAUGUUUAGAUGCAAAUUUAGAAAUAAUUGCUGUAAUUUAAAUAGAAAUUGCCAUACUGGGGAAGAUUGUCACAAGGUAACUUGCCUGCCUGCUCAGGCUGCUGUCCAUACUGCUAAUUGUUGAUGGGCAACCAACUUAGAGGACCCUGUUGUCCCUUUUCAUGGAUGUUUGUCUUUAAACCAGACUUGGACCAGACAGGCCUUCAGACAGAGGCUUGGCUUAUAACCGAUCUUCAGACACAGCACCUAGAGGGUGCCAGAUCCCCAGCCUUUGAAGAAGAGGGGUAUUCUCUGUAAAGUAAGACACAUAAGCCAUCCUACAAAGAGCACAUCCUCACACUCAGUGUUAAGUCACCUGGAAUAAUUAUUCCUCCUGGAUCCUGGACUUGCAUUGCCCAAGCAAUGCUUCACACCUUGGAUAAUCUGGAAAAGGCAAGCUAAAUCGAAAAUGGUUGUUCUGCUUAUGCAAGAAGACACAAAAGCUCUUGAGAACUGCCGUAAAGGUAAAGGGACCCCUGACCAUUUGGUCCAGUCGUGACCAACUCUGGGGUUGCGGCGCUCAUCUCACGUUAUUGGCCGAGGGAGCCGGCGUACAGCUUCCAGGACAUGUGCCCAGCAUGACUAAGCCGCUUCUGGCGAACCAGAGCAACACACGGAAAUGCCGUUUGCCUUCCCACUGUAAUGGUACCUAUUUAUUUACUUGCACUUUGACAUGCUUUCGAACUGCUAGGUUGGCAGGAGCUGGGACUGAGCAACGAGAGCUCACCCUGUCACAGGGAUUCAAACCGCCGACCUUCUGAUCGGCAAGCCCUAGGCCAGGCAUCCCCAAACUGCAGCCCUCCAGAUGUUUUGGCCUACAACUCCCAUGAUCCCUAGCUAACAGGACCAGUGGUCGGGGAAGAUGGGAAUUGUAGUCCAAAACAUCUGGAGGGCCGAAGUUUGGGGAUGCCUGCCCUAGGCUCAGUGGUUUAACCCACAGUGAACUGCUGUAGGACCUACCAAUUAGAGUACUCCGCAAACCCUUAAACAUUUGCAGAACAGCACUAUUUCCCUUCCAAUCACAGUUUCUACGCAUCCAAGUUUGGAUUCAAAGCCAUGUGUAGAAAGCAAUCAGAUUUGUAUUUUUUUUUAACCCCUAUCAUUAGAAACUUUCCCCAAAGUCAAUGGCUGAAGAUGUUUCCUCUGUGGUGGGCAGGAUUUCCUACUGACCGGCACAUGAGGUCGGAGGGAUAAGUGGAGGCAUCUGCACUAUGUCACAACCACCACCACCCUGCAUUAUUAGAGCACCAAUUUUAAUGGUGUACGAACAGGGUGGGACCAUCACACACACAUUGCCACUAGGUGCUGGUUGUGGAGAUUUACCUUAAUUGCCAUGAAUGGAAUUGCUGACUUUCCAGGAUUUCCCCUAUAGGCAACCCAAGACAAUACUAUAUACAAGGAAGAUAACGGGAUGGAAACCUGGCAAUUCCGUUUAAGAUGCUUGAUAUAUUUUUCACAUAGAAUACAGCUCAUCUGUGCUUCAGAUGCUAACUAAAAUUCAGAAUGUUUGUGAUGUAUUUACUGCCUGCCAGCGGCGUUCAUAUGGCAUUAGUGUUUCUCAUCCACAAUCAUUUUUUUUAGCUUGCUAUAUUAAAGAGACAAGAGUUUAAGCAUAUUUCUGGGCAUGCUGAGCCGUUCAAAGAAAUGUGCUGUUCUUAGUGCCAAGUUUUCCGUUCUGAAUAUGUGCCUAUGGGUGUCAGCUAUCAGAACAAUUGCCAAUUGCCGUGCUGUUGCUGCAGUUGACAAAUGUUGUAAAGACAGCCACAAGCAGAUCCGUCUAGGGCAGAUGAUGAGGUUUGCUCCAGGAGCAGCAGAACUCGUAACUGCAAGAUUGGCAAGUGCAUGCACAGAUGUUGAAGGAUAACAUCAACAUGUUCAUCGAAUUGUAGAAUCUAGGCUGGAGCUUUCCAAACUGUGUGUCGCGACACGUUAGUUUGUCAGCUGCAGUGUGUAGGUGUGUCGUGCAAAUGCUCCCCACACUCCUCCCAGGGCUGGGAAAGGGUUAGGUUUAAUCUCCAGGUUGCUAGUAAAACUGAAUUACUGUGUUGUGAAAUGAUGCAUGUCUAAAAAGUGUGUCACCAACAUGAAAAGUUUGGAAAGCUCUGGUCUAGGCCAGGCAUCCCCAAACUUCGGCCCUCCAGAUGUUUUGGACUACAAUUCCCAUCUUCCCUGACCAUUGGUCCUGCUAGCUAGGGAUCAUGGGAGUUGUAGGCCAAAACAUCUGGAGGGCCGCAGUUUGGGGAUGCCUGGUCUAGGCCUUGACUUCAUGGCUGAAGCAAAGGCAGAACAUCAGAAUGGUAGGAGGGACUGUAACUGCAUUCCGCAUCAAGCCAUCUGCUCAGUCACUUUCUCUGUGGCUUAAGCCCUCGCUGGAAAAUUGCCUGCACCUUUUAGCACCCUCCUGAUUUCAUGGUCAAAUGAGGUCAUUGUUUGGUUCCUACAUAUUGAAUAUAACCUGUCAUUAUAGUGAAGCGCUGUGAGUCAAAUAUUCUCCCUCUUCUAGUGUGAUGGCUGAAGCUUAUCGUCUCGUUCUGCUCUGUUGCCGCAACCCCAAAAAGACUUACUGCAACCUUACUAGCACUGGCUCACCCUUGUGUUGGCACAGUACUACAGGCUUGUCAAGUGAUUGUGUGUGUGUGUGUGUGUGUGUUUCUUAGUUGUGCCUGUGCCUUUCACAGCAGCUUAAGCUGCAGGAAUCAGUAGGUGCAGCUUUGCAUGCCAUGGAGACAUGGAUUAUCACCUGCCAGCAGGCUGCAGGUUACAGCUGCUAUUAAAAGGCACAAGGGAAGAAAAAGUGGCAACCCUUUAAUACGCCCAAAUCCCUUGUGCUGAUUGCCCUUUGCCUCACUUUUUGGGUGCUGCUGUGAUGGGGAGGAACCAAAGGCACCAGCUUACGAGGGUGAUGGGGUGGACAGACAUUGUGGGUGUGACAUCAGGACACUGGAAGGAGCCAUGGGCGGAGCUGAACGCGGCAGUGCUUGGCUUCAAUGGCCAGUGGCAGUGCCACUGGCAGGCGGCUAUUUCAAUCCACCUUUCCCUCUGCGGCAGCAGGAGGAGAAUGAGCCUCCACGCUUUUUGGACAUGCCCAGCACCAGCCCCCAAAGCAUGGGGGGGGUGUCAAAAGGGCUUGGGCCCCUGGAGCUGGUGUCACUAGGAGGGAAAUAACAGACUGACAAAAGGGAGGAGUAUCCACCUCUGUUAUUCUGACAUAGCCUGCUGCCACUUACAGAGGUAUAUCUGGGUGCUGUCCUUUCCCAGAGAUUGCUCAAAGCUAAAGUGCAUUAUAUUUUACCCUUCUAAAUUUGAUGCAUUGAUGUUUUUAGCUGGAGAAAUAUAGUUUUUUUGAAACUGGUUAAAUGUGCAAUUCAUCUAAUUAAUUCUGUAAUCAUCAUCAUCAUCAAGAGGGACCUGAAAUUUAGAUGUGGAAACAUCUCAAAAAAACCAUGUACUGGCAGAAUUGCGAAUCCAGCAUUCAUUCCACAACCAUGUUGGCUCUUAAAAAGUCAGCAUCCUGGUCACCCUGCAGCUCCCUCUAACAUAACAUUAAUGAAUCUAGAGUGUGUGCUGCCAUACAAGGAGCUAUUUUGCACAAGAGAUUUAGAGGAGUUUCAUGUCAUCCUGCUGGCUCCAACACCAUCCUGGAAGAAGCUCCACAUACUGAACAAGAACUGGGCACAGGAAGAGGAAACUGGAGGAUACAUGUGAAUGCCAUCCUAUAUUACUUAUGUUUUCUAGACACAUGGGGAAUAUUCAACGAAACAGUUGUGCCUAUGGUAGCCAGUUCAAUAAGGCACACUAGUGCAAUGGGACUUCUCCCCAGAAUAGCACAUGGGGGGAGGACAAAUGCUUGCGUUGACGGAAUGACCGCAAUAGCGCAAUGUUGACUUCCACCCAUGAGGUUGUAUCCAAUUCUAGCCCUGCUCAGUGUAAACCCAUCGAGAUGAAUAAACAUGACUAACUUAGGUCCAUUAAUUUCAAUGGGUCUGCUCAGAGCAAAACUUGAGCUGGCUACAACCCACACUUACUGCUCUGAAUAAAGCAUGUGUCAGGGUUGUUGCAACUACUCCAGAGUAACGACUUUCCACAUGCUUGUCUUUUAACAGUCUUUAUUGGUGCACUCUAUUCACAGUGUAACGAGCUGUUGGAUGCAUGUCUGCUCAUUCCGAUCCAGAAUCCGGCACUGCCCCUUUACGCGACUUUGACCAACAUAAAAGCCGCAGGACAGUGAAUCUCCUCCCCUUUCUCCUCCUCCUUAAUUCUGGUGCCGGGGGAAAGGGUUUACGAUCUGUUCUUUCCCUGUCCUCCCUUUCCGCCUCUUUCUCUUCCCGUCUGUGGAGCAGGGGCUCUCCCAUGCUGCCAGAGACCUGGCACUUUCUCUCCGUGUCCUGACUAGCCCCUUCAGACCCCGCACUUUCAUGGCUGCUCGGGGAUGAACUGCUCCUGAUGAGAGGGGGAGGUUCUCUAUAAUCUCUCCCCCUUACAGCAUGCAACAGGAAUCCAAGAACCUGCUUGCAUUCCUCUGCCUAGGAUGCACAUGUGCAUAAAAGAGAGAGAAAAUUGCAUGUGCAGCUCACACUGGAUGAAGAGCAUCACUCAGAAAGAGCCCAGCCCACAUAGCUCUUGCAACUGAUCCCAGGGCUGCAUUCACACAGUCCUAGCAGAAAAUCGGCAAUAGCACCAAGCAGCUGCUUGGGAAUGAGAGCAGGCGGGUCCCUGGUCCUAAGCACACAUCUAAGAAAGUUUUUUUAAGAAUAUCAAAGGCACUUUUGUUAGUCUUUAAGGUGCCACAGGACUCUUUCCUGUUUUUAAUGCAAUGCGUCCAGGAUUACAUUGCAAAUCAUUUGAAUUAGCCGAACGGCAAUAUCAUGACUAAAAUGCUUACUUUGACCGAAUUCCCAACAGACCUUUCCUCUGCUGUCCAGCUUCGCAUGUGUUCUGUGUGAGAAGCCUACAGCGAUUUGCUCUGUGAUUGGGAUGACUCAUUUGCUAAUGGCUAUUUUGCGACCAAAACCUCUUCCAGUGAACCAGGGUUACUGCUCUUUUCCACACAUAACAUGAAAAAUAUCCUUCCACCAAGCAGAGUGAGCUAUAGCACAUCUGCUGGAACUUGGCUCUCGUUCACUUAAGCAUUACACAUGCCCUUUGGUAAAGCAAACCACCUGUUGCCUGCGCACAAUUUAGCCCCAAGCGCUCUAAAUGUUUCUCCGAGGAGGAAAUCCAUCCAAACCACUGAUGGGGAGUGACAACCUUGGCAUUCUUUUCUACUCCAUUUGCUGGUGUGCCAUUUCUUGUACUCUCCAAAGAGCCCUGCGGUCUUUAGCCUAGUUUUUGCCCCUGUAACGAAAACAAAAUGGGUUCACACGAUGCCAAAAGCAAACAGAUUCUGCAUUUCCCAUUUAUUAAGUUCUCUCGUUUCCCAAGUGGGAGCAAAAUUCCCUCUUUUCCCCAUGUCACCAUUCCAGAGCCUAAGAACGUACGCGGUAAAUAAGGUUGGGUGGGGGAGGGUUAACAUCCUACCCUUUGCAACAUGAUAUGGUUAAAUAAGCUGCUAUGCUAAUCUAGCCUGUAUUUUGCUUCUGGUACGAGGCCAAAAAUUUACUCGUACUUAAAUAUUUUAUUUUUAGAAACAUAAGCUAAUCAGUAAGAGUGUGCCAAAAGUCCGUUUCAGGCCAGAUCGUUUGAGGAGUAAAGUUACUAGAAUGUAUUUUUGCUGACAUUUUGUGAGGUUACUAGUGUUUCCUUUCACAUAGACCCCUGCGUGGUGAGAGAUCUGAAGAUGACCACGUCGAAGCGUAACUGCGAGACAGGUUGAGCUUCUACUGGCUAUGGUAAAUCGUUGUUCUCAGCCUGAGGAAGGGGGAUGCUGGAGAAAUGUUUGCCAGAUGAAAGUGAAGGUCGCCUCUUCUGUUGAACUUCCGUUGAAAACAAACAUUUAGAAUCCACGCUUGGAUUCCUUGAAAGCUGUGUGUAUCCCAAAAUCACGCACUCACUAAAGUUGACAAGAGUUUUUUGAGACAGGGGAAUAUGUGUAACUGCUUCCCUCAACCACCUAAAGAACAUUGAGCAUGAUGGCCAUGCACCCAAGCACACUGUUUGUCUAGUUCUCCAGGGGCUCUUGAGAGUAUGCACAUGAAGCAAUUUCAGCACUGUGGGAAAAUCUUAUGACAGUUGUGCACACUUGAAGCAAGUCUUGUCAAGCUCAAGUGCCAUGUUUAGGAUCUGGCUUUAAGAAUAAUGCCAUGUGAGUUGCCGGGGACUUGUAGGACUCCAGCAACGCUUGCAUCCAGGCUGCUGCAAAAUCCCAAACAAAGAACUCCAAGCAUGUGUAGGACUCUCCACUUUCCUUAGAACAGGGAACAGGGGACAGCUGGUAGAAUACGUAUAACCUUCACUGCUUAUAAAAGCUCUUAGCUGCAUUUCAUUGCCUCAUUUCCAAAACAGAUCUAUCUACAUAUGCUAAAAUUGCCCUCCUCCAGAGUCCUGAGGCACAACUGGGACAAGCAAGUAUUUUAAUGCUCUUACUUUAAAAAUUUAUGGCUGAGGCUACAGCGCAGCUUUUUUCCCUGGCUGCUUCAGCUAAUAAAAGUGGCUCUGAUGUGAUCUGUUUGUCUGUUUGCUCCAUCUACAAUAUUAUUCCAACAAUGUCACCACAGGCAGUAAUGAUACAUUCUGUUAAUAAUAAUAAUAAAAGGAACCAAAUGGAGAUAUUUUUACAAGAUAAAAUAUAGCACACAAUUAAAAUUCCCCUUCAAAAUAAAAAAACAACAACAAACAUCUGUUUUCCUAAUAGCAGGGUUAUAUCAAAUCUAUCUUGUAAAAAGAAGGCAUUCCUGACCUUUGGGAAUUUAAAAAUCCACACAUUUUUAAAGCCUUCUGCAACCAUAAAUAAGUAAUUUGCAUAUUCCCCAGCAGACAUAGACAAACCAUCUGGAUUGGGAAGCAACAACCUCCAAAACUUGUAGAUUCCCCAACAGAUGCGGGAAUCUGCAUGUAGACGUCUUUGAGCAAUGGGUUUCUAUGGGUGACUUCUAAGUAAGAGGGGCCCACGUCUUGGCAAAGGAAUAUGUGGCUCACUUUCUUUCUGCUUUGGAUCUCAGUAUGCAAUUUGGGGGGGGGGGGGACGGACAGACAUGGUUAUGUUCAGUGCUAUUUUUCUAGAAAAAGAGGUGCCAGAACUCACCAUGAAUAGCACCCAUGUUGUGUUAUAAUGGCCAUGGCGCCAACCUAGUGGCGUAGCAGUGGUUGCCAGUGCCUGGGGUGGGUGCAUGUCAGACAGGGUGUGUCAGCCCAGCCUUCGCCGCCACUGCCAGAGUGACCCCACCCCCACCAGAGCAGACCAGGGCUGUGCUGAACCGCUUGCCCUCCAGCCCCUGGGGGGGGAGCCUGACCGGCUGACAUGGCCCCUGGCAGGUGGGUAGGGCCACACUGGGGUCACCUGCAUGGAGGUGCCUGGUUCACCCCCACUCAAAAAUUGUGCACCUGGCACAAUGCCCCUCCCCCAGCACCCCCCCAUGUUAUGCCCCUGUGCCUACCUAAGAAGUGCCAGAACUGAGUUCUGGUGAGUUCCAGCUUUAAAAAAACAACCCUUGUUGUGUUCAUUUGGUUCACUAAUUUAUUAGACUUUUGUAAAGCAUUGUUCUGCAUGUGAUUGCAUGUGGGAAGGCUUUGCCCAGUGGCCCACAGCCUGGAAAGAGGUGGAGAGGUAGAGUUCUUUUUUAAAAAGCAGAAGUUGGUAAGAUAAGGAGAGCCCUGCUUGUUCAGACCACUGGCCAAUCUUUGUCUACCAUCUUUUUUCAUAUCCAACAACCUUCCAACGCUCCUUCUGAGUUUCUCUGAGCCUUUGCGUUCACAUCCAAUGCUAUGAACAAGAAAUAUCUAUUAUAAUUAUUUAUAUCCCGCCUCUUAAGGAGACAAAUCCUUCCUAUGUGAGUUGCAAGCAAAAUCAAAUUACCUUGAUAGAAUCGCAACGAAGCAUUAUCAAAGGAUCUGCAGAUGUUAGUCUGUGGGCAGAAAACUGCAGCGAACAGGAAGCCACGGGCUCUUAAUCUUCCUGUCCCCACACCCCCGUGCCCCAUCAUGCCCCCCAAAUCACUAUGAACACAUAUAAUUUAUAAAGAAAAUUCAGCUAUACAGACUCUGCAUUCAUUUGACAAUUGCUCUUAACUCCCCCUGGAUGAUGGGCAAACAGGAACUCAAGACACAUGGCACGUAAAGGUUGCUUAGUUACAAUCAACAUGCUUUCUGUGGGAUUAAAAGUAGAUUUUUCGAAAAUCUGAUUACAGAGCACAUUUAAGUCCUUCCCUGUACUUGCCCUGGUGUUCCUAUGCAUCUCUUCAUCUGCUUUCCUUUGGAAAGAUCUGGUUAUAGUUCUUAGCUAAUUUGAUACAUUUUUGUGAUAUAAUUUGGAGUCCCUUGAUAUAUUUGCCAACUAACUUACAAGAACUAUUGCACCGCGAAAGUAUUCGGGAAGCCUGGAUGCAAUUAAUAUGCUGACAAAAUGGCUUGCAGAAAGCAGUUCUGGUUUCGUUAAUUCUUUAAACUUGGCAACAGACUAAAACACCUCAACCAAAGUGUCCGCAU